UCUCUGUGUGAAGAGCGGUGCGUUACGUUUGCUGGUGAGUGGCAGCAGUAGUAGCGGCAGGGGUAGUAGGAGCAGUAGCACAGCUGCCCGGUUAGUAGCGUACGGUCGGGGAGCGCGAAUGGCUGAUGCUGAUGCUGAUGCUGCUGCUGCUACUUCGGUUGAGCCGCUUGCGAUGGUUUGUCCGCGCUGCCUUGUCCAUCAAUGGGCGCUGCUGGAGCGGCGGUGGUGGUUGUCGGUGUGGUGUAGGGCUUGGGUCGCCCAUCAAGGCUGUUUUCCGUCUGGCGGGUGAUGUGAUGGGUCGCCAGGCUGCUCAGGUCCUACACUGUCUGUUUGUCUGUCUGUCUGUAAUGGCCUAUGUUGUGUUGCCUUGCUUGCUUGGCGGGGAGAGUUGUCUCUGGUUCUCGGUGAAGAGUGCGAGGGGUCAAUGCAGGAGCUAGGCGGCAGCACGUGGGUAGCAGCUUUCGGUGUGGGGGUGAGACUCCUUUGUCGAGAGUUUGUGCUUGCACAGCCGGCCAGUACAGCGGGUGUGCGCGUAUGAGAAUGUAUGCAAGUGAUGGUGCCGCAGCGACACGAAAAGAGACGGGCGGUGAUUUCCAAAAAGAAACGAGACGGGGGGGUGUGCAGUGGUGACGGCUGGGAGGGUCCCAAUCGUCUGCUGCGCAACAAAGGGU